GAGAGAGAGAGAGUGAGCGAGAGAGUGAGAGAGAGAGCAGCCAAAUUUGAUUGGGGUCGCCGUGCGCGCGUGUGGUACAGUGCCGUGCGGUGGGCGGGUCCUGGGCAGCUUUUUAACAGCCCACUUCUGUGAAAGAUUACAGGGGCAAAUUCACUCCGUGAGAAACACAUGACAAUAAACAGCGUUGGAAGGAAAGGCGCUCGGAGGUAGAGGGCGACACGGCACGGCACGGCAACCCCAGGGGGUGAGCACUGAGCGGGAUCCAGGGUCUGUGUGGAGCUAUUUGGAGUUGGAGGUUGGAGGACGUCGGUACCGGUCCGAUUCCAGGAGGAACUUCUCACCUCUCCCCCAAAGCAUAACCAUUCACGCAGCCUUAAAAAUAAUAUCCUUCCCCCGACCAACGUAGACACCAAUACACAGAACCUGACAUGAGCGCGUCCGCUGAGGUCAACGCUGUUCCUAACGGGAAGGGCCACGAGUCCUGCGAGAUGACGGCAAUGACCAAAACAACAUCAGCCGAGGAUGGUCAGACCCUCGACGCUACUUGUAGUGAAACAGAAUCCAACUGUGCCCAGAACUGUGCUAGUCCUCACAACGCUGAGAAUGCAGAGGCCGGCAACAGUAAGAGCCAUGACUUCAUAUCAGACGCAGAAGACAAGAAAACCACGCGCUUCACCGAUUUUGAAGGAAAAACGUCGUUCGGGAUGUCGGUCUUCAACCUGGGCAACGCCAUCAUGGGCAGUGGGAUCCUGGGUCUGGCCUACGCCAUGGCCAACACCGGAGUGGUCCUGUUUUUGAUCCUUCUGACAGUAGUGGCCGCUCUUUCCUCUUAUUCUAUUCAUCUGCUGCUGAAAUCAUCUGGUAUUGUAGGGAUUCGUGCUUACGAGCAGCUUGGUUUCAGGGCCUUCGGGAUCCCGGGAAAGAUGGCGGCGGGCAUCGCCAUCACACUGCAGAACAUUGGAGCCAUGUCCAGUUACCUGUACAUCGUCAAGUCUGAGUUUCCUCUGGUCAUCCAGGCCUUCCUGAAGGUGGACAACCCUGCUGGUGAAUGGUACCUGAACGGAAACUACCUGGUGGUCAUCGUGUCGCUGGCUGUAAUUUUACCUCUGGCUCUCAUGAAGCAGCUGGGAUACCUGGGCUACACCAGCGGCUUCUCCCUGAGCUGCAUGCUUUUCUUCCUGGUCUCGGUCAUCUACAAGAAGUUCAACAUCCCUUGUCCCUUUGUGGACUUUGCAUUCAAUGCGACCAACACCGUACUUAACAUCAGCGCCAACGAUACAGGCGGGGAGGUGGACCCCGCCUGUAUCCCCAAAAUGGCCAAUCUCAACAUACAGACGGCCUACACCAUCCCUAUCCUGGCCUUCGCCUUCGUGUGCCACCCCGAGGUGCUGCCCAUCUACACGGAGCUGCGCGAUGCCAGCAAGAAAAAGAUGCAGCAUGUGGCCAACAUCUCUAUUGCAGUCAUGUACUGCAUGUACUUCCUGGCUGCUCUAUUUGGAUACCUAACGUUCUAUGGUGAGGUGGAAGCCGAGCUCCUUCACACCUACAGUCGUAUCGACCCCUACGACGUCCUGAUACUGUGCGUGCGGGUGGCCGUGCUCACCGCCGUCACGCUCACCGUGCCCAUCGUGCUCUUUCCCGUACGAAGAGCGAUUCAGCAGAUGGCGUUUCCCAACAAGACCUUCAACUGGCCACGCCACAUCGCCAUUGCCUUCGUGCUGCUCACCUUCAUCAACCUGCUGGUCAUCUUUGCUCCCAACAUCCUGGGGAUCUUUGGGAUCAUCGGUGCCACCUCUGCCCCCUGCCUCAUCUUCAUCUUCCCUGCCGUCUUCUACAUCCGUAUUGUACCCAAAGAAGAAGAGCCGAUGCGCUCGUUGCCCAAAAUUUUGGCUGCCUGUUUUGCAGGGGUUGGCUUCCUGUUUAUGAUCAUGAGUCUCAGCUUUAUCAUAAUUGACUGGACAUCGGGCAGCAGUAAAGCCGUCAGCGGUCACUAGACCCGUCCCUCCGUGUGAUUCAGGCAUUUAUAUGGUUGAUUUAGACCUGUUUUUAUCAUGUGACUGUUUUUCUGGUUUGUUUUCUCCUUUUUUUUUCUUUUUUGUUGGUCGGUUUCUUGUCGGUGGUUGUGAUGCCUCAGCGUGGGUGGAGUCUGGAGCUCAGAGCGGCUCUCUGUCCUUCUACAAACUCUCUCCAACUCUGAUGACAUAACAUUGUACUGUACAUCCAGGCCAGUAAUGAAUUUCCUGAGAGGAAGGUUUGAUGAUGAUGAUGAUGAUGAUGAUGAUGAUCGGAGGCUGUGCCUUGUGAGAUGGAUGUAAAAGAAAACAACUCCGUCUCGUUCCUGACUCAGAUGAUCUGUAAUCUGUAACCUGCCACUCAGAUUAGACGACAUAAUCUGAGGUAUUUCACUGGUAACUGUUGUUGUUUUUUUUUAAUAGACUUUAUUGAAUUAUAGAUAAUAAUUUUGCAUCUAUUAUAUUUUUAUGAUUAUGA